CGGAUGACUACCAUUUAUUUCUAUGAAUGAAUUAGACUAUAUGAUUUUUCUACGUUUUUGUUACAUUUUUGUAACUAAUUAUUCCAUUAGUUUUUGUAUGGAAAUUAUUUUUAGCGACUAUAUAAUUAAUUAUUGUCAAGUUGUUACAUGAAAAUUCUUAUGAAAUUUACGAGAUUAUUCGCAGUUUACAUUUUUGAGCUGACGUUGUUGUUGACGUGCUGCUGAAGGAACGACGGCGGUGAAGCAGGACUCUGAGAAGAGUAGUGCUCCUCCUUCUCCUAAAAGUGACGAUGGUGGUGGUAAAGAGGACACAAAUGAGAAGAAAAACAGUAGUGACGAAGUGGACAAGGAGAAAAGUGACGAGAGUGAGUCUUCUCCUGGACUUGACGAGGAGAAGGAGGAAAAGAACGGGGAUGAUGACGAUGCCAAGGUGUUAUUGACGAAUAAAGUUCCCAUAGUGAGCAUGGAGGAGGAAGAUAAGCCCGUGUCGAAAGAGGAAAAGGAGUAUGACGUGCAGAAGGGGUCCGUCGAGGAGGAGGAGAUUGUCACAAAAUCUGAAAUGGAUUCUGACGAGGGGACGAAAGAUGUCACAAAACCGGAAAUUGACUCAUCUUCAUCUCCGUCACCUGUUACUCUAGAACCGAAAAAGUGCCGCCUAUGCAACGCAGUUUUAAGUGACAAACUCAGUGAAACGUGCCCGUUUGUGUCUCAAAGCCGGAUCAAGAACUAAAAUUGAGUCCUCCUGUCGAAGAGGAGUCCUCGCCGGCUGACAAAUUACCUGACGUCGUCACCACCACGCCGGACGAACCGCCUCCGGAAGAAGAAGCCAAAGUGACCUCACUCCAGAAAGAAGAGGAGAAACCCAAGAGUAAGCGCAAGAAGCCGCCUAGUCAAGACUCCGCCUCGCCAAAGAAGGGAAAACCGUCGCCCUCCGUGGCGAAAGUCUCGAAUGAUGAUGGUACUAUUGACCUUGUUGUUGUUCCUGAAAAGCCCGGACCAAACCGUCGCCCUCCGUGGCGAAUGAUGAUGGUACUAUUGACCCUGUUCCUGAAAAGCCCGGACGUGGUCGUCCCAAAAACAAGGAUACAAAUAAUAAAGACGUGACGACAGGCAAAUCUGUGUCCCCCUCGGGUAAAAAAUCUCUCGUCGUCGCCACUCCAACGACGACGCCACGUCGUGACUCGCGCGCCUCGUCGUCCUGCAUUUCUCCCACGAGAUCCAAUCUCUUCGUGGAGAAACGUGUCGAGAAAAAGUCCGUGGCUAAAUCUGUGAGCCCAUCAGCUUCACACAAGAAGAAGAGCACUACCAAAUCUGUCCCACUUCCGGAAUCGUCUUCACCAUCGCCGAAAAAAGGAGCCAGUCCUGUCGCCAAGAAGGCAAAGAAGGCGAAAAAGGGACGAAAAUCGGAGAGUGAUCAUUUGGAGGUGAAAACAGGGCCGUCCUCGGGAGGGUCGUCGUCCUCAGGGAAAUCUCUCCUCAUGGACCAAGACUACGGGAAUAUCGUGGCCUUCAGAAGGAGGCGAGCGUUCUGGCGGAUGCGGAGCAAAAUCGGCGCAAGAGUUUGUCCCCACCGCAGAGAAGAAUCAAGUUGAGCGCGAGUGUGACGAGUUCUCCGAGCGUGUCAACCCCCACGGGUCGCAAGAGUAAGAAGAAAAAUGCGCCCACCAAAGAACCUUCGCCAUCACCGCCGCCACCCGAAGUGAAACUUGUGCCUGAAGUUGUCAGUCGUAAAUCUGCUCCUUCUACUUCCGCUAGCGUUCGAAAGAAGCUGCUCUUAUCUCCCAUGAAACCUUCCAAUUCGACAAAGACGCCGAAACAGAAAGAUUCUGGGGAGGAUGUCGACUCAGCCGUGACGCUGUCUGGACGACCUCGCCGCGGCGUAACGGUCGCCACUACACCGUCGGUUCACAAGACGCCAAAAUCUUUAGCCUCCGCCUCUGCGACGGUGGGAACGUUGAAACAAGUUCAAGUCGUGGGUGCAAGACGAAAAAGUGGACAAAGAAGAAGAGUGACGGGGGUGGGAUAAAUAUUGUACGAACCGCGAUUGAAACUCCCAUCAGACCUGUGGCGACGACGCCGUCACAGACUGGUGGUCGAAAGUGCCUCAACUUCAGCAGUGGUGGAGACGAAACGCCGUCGCCAAGCGGGAGGAAGGGGAAGUUUGGCGACAAGUACGCGAUGCGGAAGUAUUUGAAGAAGAAGGCGUUGACUCAUCAGAAGACUGCUGGCGUGGCGUCGGCGACUGGGCGAAAGAAUGAGAAAGUUCUCCAGCCAAACAAGACCAAGAACAAGGGCGGCGGCGGAGGCGGGGGUGGUGUGAGUGGCGGAGAUCUGGUGGCCGACACGAGCAGCGGGACAGAUGGGGUGGAGAAUUCUGACCUUUCCAUUCAGGACGAUCGUGCCAUUAAAGGUGCGUGUGAAAAACUCUGCAUCUGCGUGGAUUGGAAGUUGGUCGAGUCGCACGGGGCGCGCGUUUCUGCGAGCAAGUCACGGAUAAAGAUUGAUCGCGACGCUCUCCGUUGGACUCCGCUGGUCUAUAAGCAGUACUACGAUGAUGAAGAGGCCGCCGGAAGGUCGCGAGACGGCUCACCCGACAGCGGAGAUCGGACAACGUCCCCGAUUCGAAAAACGUCCUUAGCUGCAGCCAUGUCCACGCCGGACAAGAAUCUCAAGAGCCCUGUCGUGCUUGGGAGGAGGGCGAGAGUGGCGGCGAACGCGUACAAGAUCAAGAAGGAGAAGAAGAAGAGCGUGAGACGGGUGAUUGAAUUGACGCCGCCAAGAAAGAAUGGCAAAUCUGCACUUUCCGUACCAACUGCGAAAUCGCCACUUGCCGUGGUGACACCAAAACCGUCACAUAAAAAGACAACGGUCGUGAUUCAACCGGAAAUUGAAACCCCGAAAGUUGUCCCCGUCGAGGAUAAAAAGAAGAAAAAGAGUCAAAAAGAAGGAAUCGGAAGUCAUAGUUCCACAAGUUGUGGAAGAAGAAGUCGAGGAGGAAGAUGACGAAGAAGAAGAAGACGAGUCCGAACCAGAAGUUGAAUCAGAGCAGGAGGAAGAAGAUGAAGACUCAGAUUCUGACGAAGACGACGAUAGCGACGAUGAUGAGGAAGACCCUCCACCACCACCACCCAGACCAGACCAGACCUGGGCGACGAUCUGCCGGGAAGAAACGUGGCAACGAUGGUGAAGACGAAGAAGGUGACGAUGAGACGCCAAGGACGAGACGAAGGGGUCGCAGUUCGACGCGUGGUGGUAGCAGAUCCACUUCCGGAGGAGGAGGUGCCAGUCGUGGACGAAAACGGCUGGAUUGGAGUGCUCAAAGUGAGAACAAAUUGGAGGCUGCGAUGCUUCAAACGUCCAUGGCGCUGAUGGCGGAAAAGAAAAAGUCUCCCGUGAAGAGGAAGCUGAGCCAAAGCGAUCCCGACGAUGAUCACAAAGCAACUGAACAAAGCUCCCCGCUCUCGAUUAAAUUGUCACCUCAGCCGCAAAAAACGUGGCCUCCAGUUGCACCACAAGUGAAAAUGACGACUCCUCCUCCUCCUACUGCAGGACUUUCGGUGGGAAUCCCUGCCACCAGCCCGACCACAGCGGCAGAUUCCACUUCCAAGAAGAACUUUAAGGAGAUGCUGCUCGGGAAAGUUUUGAAGGGGAGAGCGACAAAAGUCAAGAAUUUAGAGGAGGAAGAAAACGCCCACAAUUGUUAAACCCAGCUUUUUGACAAAUAGAGCUGCUUAUUAAUUAAUUAAUUAAUUAUGUACUUAAAUGGGAUAGUAUUUAUUUAUUUAUUUGUGUAUAAGUAAUUGACUAACUAAAAUAAGAAUAACCUGGUGGGUAGUAGAUCUUUAAGGAAAAUGGCAAAUAAGUAAAAAUGAAAUAUGCAAAUUAUUAAAU